AUGCAACCGAUUAAGUAAGCGAAAAGAAAUGGCAGAAAGGCCGCGUUGUCCAAAAAGUGGGGAUUCGGUCGUACGAAGUAGAAUGCCAAGGAUACAAAUAUGUUCGGAACAGAAAAUUCCUGCGACGCGAAGUACCACCUGGAACGUGUACGGAUGAAGACGACUCUGACGAUGACUAUCCAACCACUUCACCGAAAAAGCACCAAAACGGUGACACCGGUGCUCCGAUCCACAUCAAUGCUGAAAAACCCAUGGACGUUCCAGCAAAACAGGGUGAGAAAGGAACUGCAGAAUUCGCACAAGAGUCAACGAAAACAAGCAGCGGUCGAAGCAUCAAAAAGACAACCGAUUUGGAUUUGAGACUGUAGGAUAAACAGAUAGAACCAGGGAUGCCGGAACCACGGGUGCAGCGGGUGCAAGUGCACCCCUUGCCUUUAGCAUUUUGAACUUUGUGGGUGCAGUACGGGUGCAGAAUAUGGGUGCAACAGGUGCACAAAGUGCCCUUUUUGCGUGAAAAAUUUUCAUUAAAAUUGCAUUUUUUGCGCAAAGGACAUUUUUGAAAAAUUCAAUCUAUGUUAUUUCCGGAAAAAUGUUUUAAUUUCCGGAAAAAACAACAUUUUCCGGAAAAUUUUUCGGUAUGUCCGGAAAAUUUUUUUCGUAUUUAGGAAAAAUUGUGGUAUGUCCGGAAAUUUUUUUUUACCCCUUUUCAUUAGUGCCGUCAUUUUCAUUAGUGGCCUUUUGUUAAGGAAUAUGCCCUCUUGUUAACCAAUUGCACCCGUUGUCCCCAGCAACUUCCGGCAUCCCUGGAUAGAACAAACUCUCUCUCUAAAGGAGGUCAUCAUUGUUAUUAUUUGUGUUUAAAAUACCUUUCCGCCAUUUUGUUUGUUUUGGGAAAAUCGUUAAUUGUUUUGGGAAAAUCAUUAAUGAAAUUCUAUAAGAUUUUAACCAAACUAAAACGAUUAAAAUAUUUUAGAUCAAUCGGAAGAUCUAUCUUAUGUGACGCUUUUGAUGGAUUGGGAAAUUACGGCAGACAAUCUCAACGUAUUGGAAAAAAACCUGGGCAAAGGAAAGUUUGGAAUUGUUAAGCAAGGAUUAUUAACAACUGCUGAAGGCGACCCUGAAGUUGUUGCUGUGAAAAUGUUAAAAGGUAGAAGUUUCCCUGGUUAUACUAUCCAAGCCGUUAUACCUAAUUCUAGUUGGAUGAUCUCCUUAUAAACAUAUAUACAGAUGCGGUUUCUACGUUAUAUAGCUGGAGGUUAAAACGUACCUGUCGAGAUACAAAUGCCAUGCACAUUUACUAUAAAUGAUACAUAUAUUUAGAUUUAUGUGAUUAAGUAACGUGCAAUAUUAUAAUUGCGGUAACACAUAACGUAUAUUGCUGUCCUCCUUUGUAAAGUGUUGCAAAGAGUAAUAGCAACUUAAUGUAUGCAAACAGUUUAACCAGGGCAUGUUUAUUUCUUAGAUGGUGCAAGUGAAUCUGAUCUUUCAGAUCUGCUAUCUGAGCUGAAUAUCUUGAAAGAAAUCAACAAGAUUCCACAUCCCAAUGUCAUUAGACUCAUCGGAGGGUGUUCUAUAGCAGGUAAUGUGUCAAAAACUUUUCGAUUAAAAAACAAUGUCAAUUUGAAAAUUCAGUUAUAGUGUCUCUAUCACAAAUGACAGUUUAUAUUUUUGAAAUCUACGACACAAAAUAUACGGAAAUUCGAAAGCAGAAUCGAAAUUGCUUUUUAGUCUAAAAGUUAUUGCAGUUAAACAUUGAAUUUCGCCUUGCGAAAAAUCUGACGGCCGCGCAAAAGAGAUAUGCGACGAAACAAUGCGUGUGACGUAAUAGUAGGGACUCGUCUAGCUCACCAAUUCCCGAGCCAACGGCGCGGAGCGCCGUUUCGGGCGUAAGCCCGGGGCGAGGGUACUAAUUUCGCCCGGCUAUUUACACCCGGGGAAACGAAAGCAUUAGCGAAGUCUAAAAGUUCAUCAAUGAUCGCGAGCGUGGGUGACCAACGGUGUUGAGUGGGUGGUCAUCCUCACUGAUCUCAAAAUAUGUGGUGGACUGUCAUGAACAGCGAACACUGAUUGGUCAAAUUCGAAAUUUGUUGUUGUAUGACAAAUAACGACAGCAAGAUAAACAUUUCUUGUAAAUAUAUUGUAUUUUUGCAAGAUUUUGCAAAUUUCAAAGUCUUUUUGAGAGCCAUAGACCGUCUAAAAACGUCUAAAAGAAUGGAGAAAAGUCGCCAACGUAAUGAAGGUAAGUUUGUUUUAAAUAUUGAUGUAUUGUUUGUUUUAUAAUUACUACUACACUUAACAUUUUGCAAGAAAAUAUUAAAGAUAAUGUCCACUCCUGUGCACAUGCGCGAACUUUGUUUACGUUUUGAACUGCUAUAUUUGUAAAAUAUGAUAUACUAACUGAAUAUCUAACACUUUUCUGGUUCGCUAUGCUUGUAAAUGAAUGUAAACUGUACGUUUCAAUUCAAAAAAGUUCGAAAGAUGCAAAAAUUUGGGCAAUGUUUAUAUCUGAGUGUCCCCCUUUGUUAUGAGCAGAACUGAUGCGCAGAACGGUGUGGGCGGCAUCUUUAAUAUUUUUCUCGAUUUAUUCUCCGCCGAAUGCAAAUUUUUCUGUCCAAAUUCUGCAGAUAACACGAUGGAAAAUAGAGCGAUCUCAUUGGUCGAGAGCUCACGUGACACUCGCUAAUUGCUUGUCCAACCUCCUCUGCCAUUCCACCUGUUUGGUAAUUUUAUCACACCUUGUCCUUUUGCACCUUUCCUGGGUCGGUAAAAAUGUGUUUCCACGCGAUUUCUCGUUUCUCCCAAACUUCCAUGCGCGUUUCUUAACUCUAUAUAUAGAAGCACGGAAAAUAUUUCUAGAAAUUUUUAAAUGCAUGCAUACUUUACUUGUUGGAAAUCAUCACAAAUAGAGCAAAAAACAUUGAAAUCACAAUUUCUUGGAAUCAUGCACACCCAGUGACUGCCAAUGGGAGUUUUAGUGAUAUACAGAAAUACUCCCAGAUUCCUGAAUUAUUGUGCUGUCACAUAACCAGCGUUUACCAGGACCUCGCCCGCUUUGGCUGCCAUAUUAAAAAAUUGGGCGGGAAGGCCCUGGGUACAUCUUGGUCAUAUUAGAGGGCCCCCUAUACUUUUUGCGUGAAGCGUGAAGGGCUUAUUUUACUUAGCCGUGAAACGUGAUCGGGCCCCCUAUAAUUUUUGCGUGAAGCGUGAAGGGCUUAUUUUACUUAGCCGUGAAACGUGAUCGAUGAUUUUCUUAAUCCGUGACUCGUGAAAAGGCAAAAUAUUUUUACGUGAAAGCAUAUUAUGAAGAGGUAUAGGGGGCCCUCAUAUUAGUAUAAGUAAUCAUGCGAUGGCGAGUACAGUUAGGGAUUAAUAAAUAGUACGAGUAAUGUUUGGAAAUUUUGCCAAAAUUGGACGGGCCGCCGGGGCGAGUCCAAUUUGGUAAAUUUCCAAACAUCACUAGUACUAUUAAUCCUUAAUUGUACGAGCAACAUCACAUGAUUACUUGUUUAUUAUUAGCAUGACAAAACUGGAUACUUCUCAAUAUCAACAUCAUAUUCUCUCGCCAAAGCCCAGUCUUGCCAGACUUUUAACCAAAAUUUGAUGCUUUUGUUCGUAUUUUCAUUUAGUUCUUUGUUAAAGCAAGAUUUGGCGGUUUUGUUCGUAUUUUCGUAAAGUUCUUUUAGGCAAUUUCAUUUCACAUUUGUGUGUAAAAUACCUUUCCGCCAUUUUGUUUGUUUUGGGAAAAUUAUUAAUUGUACUGCAGUACAGUUAAUGAAAUAAUUGUACUCCUCUCAACCAAUCAGCAUCAAGUAAUUUUGUCAUGCUAAUAAUAAACCGGAUUAUAGAAAAAACAAUGUUAAAAUAACCAGAAUAUUCAGGCUGUUUUGUUAACUAUUAAGAAAAUACGUGCUGAAUGCACGUAUUUCUAGUUUAUCAAUAUAAUUUUUAAAUAGGGAAAAUAAGGGGAAAAUAAGGUUUGAAAAUUAUUAAGACUUUUCUUAAACUAAAGGUUUGCCGUUUCAAGCAACUGCCCACCAACGCCAAUCCAAAGCAAUUUUCUCUGAGCCAAUGGCGAGGCUACUAAUUCCACCCGGCUAUUUACCCCCGGAGAAAGCAUUUGCGAAGUCUAAAGUUCAUCAAUGAUCGCGAGCAUGGGUUACUACCAUGCGUGCAUGGUUGGUUGGUUGGUUGGUUGGUUGGUUGGCUGGCUGGUUGGUUGGUUGGUUGGUUGGUUGGUUGGUUGGUUGGUUGGUUGGUUGGUUGGUUGGUUGGUUGGUUGGUUGGUUGGUUGGUUGGUUGUUUGGUUGGUUGGUUGGUUGGUUGGUUGGUUGGUUGGUUGGUUGGUUGGUUGGUUGGUUGGUUGGUUGGUUGGUUGGUUGGUUGGUUGGUUGGUUGGUUGGUUGGUUCGUUGGUUGGUUGGUUGGUUGGUUGGUUGGUUGGUUGGUUGGUUGGUUGGUUGGUUGGUUGGUUGGUUGGUUGGUUGGUUGGUUGGUUGGUUGGUUGGUUGGUUGGUUGGUUGGUUGGUUGGUUGGUUGGUUGGUUGGUUGGUUGGUUGGUUGGUUUGUUGGGUAGUCAUUCUUAGUGAUCUCAUAAUAUAGCGGACUAUCAUGAAUAACGAACACUGAUUGUUCAAAUUUGAAAUAUGCAUUAUAACGAUUGCAUAACGACAGCGAAAUAGCAAGCAUUUCUUGAUUUGAUGAUUUCUUGCAAAUAUAUUUCAUUUUCGCAAGAUUUUGAAAAUUUCAAAAUUUUUUUGAAGAAUUGCUAAAAAAGGGAGAAAACGCGCCGACGUUAACGAAGGUAAGUUUGUUUCAAAUAUUGAUGUGUUGUUUGCUUUAUAAUUGCUUUAAAAAGUGAUACGAUCGUUGCGUAUAUUUUAAAUUAAAUAUAAUUUUAGUGUAUCUUUAUUGAUUACCCUCUUUUAUUAUAUUAAAAUUUGUAAAUAAAAAAGAAAGCAAAGUUAUUUGCAACUCAAAGUUUAUCGAUAAAGGCAGUUUAGUUUAAUAAAGAAAGAUUUUUAAUAAAACGUUUUGCGAAGCGUUUGUGGUUGAAUUUUAUCUUAAAUUGAAGCUUAUAUUACGUAUAAUGCAUACCUAAAAUAUAUAUGUUCGGGAAAUUGAUAAUUUUGUAAUUAAAAGUGAUAUUUUUAGGGGAUAAAUAAAUGUAUCUUAUUAUCAUAACAACUACUCUAAACUACUUUAUGUUCAGAAAAUACAAUGGUUUUGUCAACAAGGCGAGUGUUUCUGCAUGCAUUUAUUUUCUAGUAAAUAAUAUAAAUAUGAUUAGUAAGACUGUAACAUAAACACCAGGGUUUCACGUUUUCAGCAUAAGCUACACACCUUUGAAUUUACUAUACGAGUAAAUUGUUAAACACGUCCGAAUUUAUCAAUAUGAUAAAUUCGCGGCACUUAACCCCCUAACCCUGUAACACCAACCCAACUUUUUAAACUUUUUUUGGAAGUUAAUUAACAGAAAAAAUUAAGGAAUUUAAAAAAAAAAUAAAAAAAUCUCUGUACUCAUCAGUGCGGGAUUAACUCUGCACGCACGCGCAAGUUCGCAAAAUGACGUCCUCUGCACGCGUGCGCAUGUACGCAAAACAUGUUGACGUCAUUUAGCGGGAAAAUUUUGCCAAACGUAUGUUAUCAUAUUACUAUUAAUGACAUGAAAAACUUUCUAUAAUGCCUCAGGAAAUCUUCAUGUGGUGAUAGAGUUCUGUCCUGGUGGAAACCUACUAAAUUUUUUGCUCAACAGUAGAGUCGGCUAUCCUUCCCCUGAAACCUCAUCGAGUUUUAUCAACAUGACAUCAACUUUAAAUCAUCGUCAGUUGUUAAAAAUUGCUGUGGACAUUUCAAAGGGAAUGGUUCAUCUUUCUUCUCAGAAGGUAUUUAGUUGGUUUGCUAAUGCGUUUAUGGACUUUAUGAAACCAAAUUUUCCAAUCAAUUAAAUUAUUAAAUAAAUAAAUUAUUCCCAAUUAAAUAAAUUAUUUCCAAUUAAAUAAAUUAUUUCCUAUUAAAUAAAUUAUUUGAUAAUUAUCAUAAUUAUCAUUUUUCUAAACAAUCGGUAUUGAGAAGUCAGAGAACUGGUAUAUGCACACUCUUAAAACACCUUGGUUAAAAUUUCGUGGUUAAUCUAAAAUUAAAUCUGCUUGAGCAACUUGAUGUCAGGGGCCGCGGAACCGCGCGGCAAUGGGACAUGUGCCCCCUCACAUUUUUUAAAAGUGAAAAAAGUGCCCUUUCUUCUGGGCUAAAGUGCCCCAUGGCCCCCAUUUACCGAAGGGAAAAGUAUUUCUUUUGCUGGAAAGAAUGUGCCCUUUUUGCUGUUGUAAAGACUUUGUAGAGACUCCAUAUUUAAAAAAAAAUUCGUUCGGCUCGUGAACGACAUAAAAUCGUUUGAUUUUGAUUAUAUUAUAUGCAAAAGUGCCCCUUUUGGCCAAUGCCCCUCCACUUUCGAAAUGCUUUCGUGGCCUCUGGUUGAUGUCGACUGGUCAUAUAUAGUCCUGGCUCUAAACUUAACCAUUAACCAGAUUCUAAGGUGCAAUUAACCAUAUUGUACGUUACCGAACUACCAUAAAGCUUAACAAUCAAAAAGGUGUUAGCCUAAACUAAUACUAUUUCGCUUAAAAUAAACAAGACUUUUUGUUUUUACGUCGAUUCCUUAAUCCAUGCGUGUAAUAUAGACCCUUUUAUAACACGGUAACAUGAAGUGAUUUUUAACGAAUGUUAUUGUAUUAUUAGUUUAUCCAUCGUGAUUUGGCCGCUAGAAAUAUUCUCAUUGGUGAAGAUAACACGGCAAAGGUGUCUGAUUUUGGUUUGGCAAGAAAUGUUAGUGGAGCUGAGGAAUACAUCCGAAAUAAUCAGGUAUCAUUGUCAAAACUCGCCGGACUUUUAUAA